UUUGUAUUGCGGGUCUGCCCUCACACGUUUGUGUCUUCUCAGUCUUUGCUUUCCUGCGUCUUGGUUGGGUUUGCAGGGAGUUCAUCAGUCUCUAUUGUGUGCUGUGAGUUGCUUCGGCUUCGAAGAAACAUGGACGAGCAAGAGAGCUCGAAGAAGAGAGAGCCGUUGUCCACGAUGGAAGAGGAGCGGCCUUCCAAGGUGCAGAAAAAUGAAGAUCUGACCGCACCAGAGGAGAUUGACAACAGGGUUAUCGAAUAUCUCUAUGGAAUGGAGGAAGAAUUGUUGUUAAAGAAGAUGAAUUUCGAGCAACGGAUGGGCAUAGAUGAUACCCUAUCCAUCUAUAGGGCAAAGAUAGUGGAUGUUUUGGCUCUUCUUUCAUGCCGUCUUGGUCUUGACCAGGAUACUCUACACGCAGCAUUUUCAUACUACGAUAGAUACAACUCUUUGAAUCCUGUUGUUGAUACAGAUAAAUUGGAGUUAAUUGGUGUUUCCUCACUAUACAUUGCCGGAAAAUACGAAGAAAGGGUUGGGAUGAAACAAUCUUUUUAUUUUGUGCAAUUUAUGGAUUCUCCGAUUGCAGACGGACAGAUGUUUCGGAGAGCUUCUAUUUUAGCUGCCUUGGAGUUUUGCUUCUGCCCUUUUGAUGCCACUUUCUUGCUGCUGGUCUAGUUGUUGAGUACUGUCUCUGCUACUCUUGUUUUUCUUUCCUUUUCUUUUGGUGGCCCUUGUGCUCCCUGUUUGUUUGUUUGUUCAUCUUUAUCGUUCCACUGUCUAGGAACUUAUUCUUUGCUUCCUUGUUGCUCAUUAAUGAAUCCCUUCGAGCUAUCAAGAAAAAAUAAAUUCAGAGAGCAAAAAAGAAAAACUGGUAGCAUCAUUUCCUCCUUUGAGAGAAUUUUCCUUCCUUUACUUGUUUGUUCACAUGUUUAGCACUAAAAGCAGGGUUACAAAGCUGCGUCUUUGGAUGGGCCGGCUGCCAGAAACCAACUUGUGCUAAUAAAUUCUGCUCCCCUUUAAUCUGAUAAAGUUCCAUGCACGUUCAGCCAAACUCGCAACCUUGGAGUUCUACGUUGGAGCAACGAUUUCGUUAUAUGGCAAGUGAUAUGAAGGAAUGUGUGAACAUUUUAUAUGAGUUGCGUUCGGGUAAAAGACACAGAAAGCUUGAAAUAAGAGAAAAAUACCGGCAAGACCAGUUCUUAGGUGUGGCAAAAUCUCCCCUGCCAGAACUAUCUCCUUUUAUUUUUUAUGAUUGCUUGAAGGAUGCGGGGCUGUGACUGAAGGAUGUGGUGCAACACACGUUAGGAGCUUUGCAGCAGAGUUGGUUUGUUGUUGGAACACUGGGGAAAUGCAAUCAGUUGUAUUCUGGCUAGAAUUCAGGGUCGGUGAACAGGUUUUGUGGGUUAUUGAUGCUGGGUAUCUUGUGGUGGUAAUGAAUUAUUCAGGUUUUGUGGUGGUAUUAGAUUUAAUAAUUUUUUUUUUGAGUUAUUCCAGUUUUAUGAUUCAGAUUGUGGGUGACGCGGGUAAUUUUUUUAAUGAUUUUUUUUUCUCGACUCUAUUUUUUAACAUUGGAUUGAUUGGGAGUUGGAUUUCAUAAUUAUUUUCUUUUAUAUAUACUUUAUGUGGGGUAA